AGAGAAAAUGAGGGUCAUUUUCUCCUGAGUCCAUAUAAGGGAGUACCCCCCCCCCCGGGAAGAAAUCUCUCUCUUCACCUCUCGCCACGCAUCCCCGUGCGUGUUCAUCAUUUAGAACUUUCUUUGGUUGAGCAAACUGAACAGAUUUAUUCAAAAUAUAAUUAAUUACGUUGAAACCGUUUUUCGAUCUCGCAAAACGGAAAUAAUUCAAGUUGUGUCACAACUAACCAUGUUUUGAAAACCACCUCGUCUUGUGUGUCAAGCAUCGCACAAAUUAGUCGGGUUACACGUGUUCUUGAUCGUAAACAAUUAAUUGGUGACAGUAAUAAACGCCUCAGUCUUCAGUAAAUUACUCUACCGUUCCACAGUGUGAUCAAACACCUUGAACAAAAAUAUCUGUAGACUACAGUCCGUGCAGAACUUUGCCGCGCGUAUUAUUACAGUAACCAGGAAGUUUGAUCAUAUAACCCCCGCAUUAAGAGAUCUACGUUGGCUUCCAAUGAAACAAAAUCUGUUCUUCCGUGACGCUGUCAUAGCAUUUAAAUGUAUGUCUGGUCAAGCGCCCCGUUACUUCAGUGAUCAGUUAGCGUAUGACCCGAAGUUGUCAACCAUUAAACAUCCCUUUGUAUAAGUCUAAUGCCGGACAGAGCUAGAACAUUUUACUACCGCAUGGCGCACAUCUGAAACAAUCUAGACAAUAUUCUUAUAACCGCAAAAUCGAUUUCUACUUUUAAACUUUACCUGAAAAACAAAUUGAUUACUGACUUUUUAAAUAGCACGUCAUGAUGGUAUGUCACGACAUUUUAGUAUUUGUUGUAUGAUGAAUUGUAUGUUGUAUGAUUAUUGUUUAAUGUUCAUCGCAUUCGUUCCCUUUUAAUUGAAUUGUAAACCCCUUCUUUUAACUUAAUUAGUUUAGCUCUCUUGUAUUGUCACUGAAAAGCCUCAAGGGGAGGGGAGUAGGAGAGUGUCAAUAGGGGACUGUCAAUAAACUAUUGCUGUUGUCGUCACGCUGACUUCAUAUGACCAGCAUGUGCACAAGGGUGACACGAUAAAUCAAUCCAAGAUGGCGGUUGUCUGGUUGGUUUGGUUGGCUCUCGUUGUAGUCCAGCUGGGAUUUGGGGCUUUUGGAGUCGUAAUUUCCAAAUUUGCUAAAGAGAACCAAGCGGAUCCUUUAAUCUUUUGCUUCAUUCGGGAUGCGGGCAGUUUCCCGGUGCUAGUGUUGGUGGCUUUGGUCUCUGAGAAGAAAUUUCAAAUUCCUUCACUGAGGGAGCUCCCUCUAUUCACAAUUCUUGGCUUAACUGGAAUAUUUGGGAGUCAGCUUCUUUACCUCCUUGGACUUUAUUACACCAACGCUAACAUAGCCUCCAUUUUUCAACCUGCGAUCCCAGUGUGGACAGCUUUAAUCGCCAUUAUAGUGCGCAUGGAGCCGUAUCCAGACUUCAGUACUUUGCGAGGCUGGGGAAAGUGUUUGGGCAUUCUCUUAGCUGUGGCUGGAGCUAUAGUCAUGACCAUAGAGAAGAAAUCUGGUCAAGUCGCAGACCAUGAGGGGUCCAGCUCCUCUAUUAACAUCCAGUUUGUGGGGUACAUAUUUCUCCUGGGAAACACACUCUCCAUGUCGGUGUACAUCCUCUUUCAGAAAAAAUUCAUCUUCGACAAACAGGAUUCGUGUUGGAAAACAAAACCCGUGAAUGUUACAGCAUGGAGUUAUCUAUUUGGCGCCAUGUUUAUGGCCUUGGCUUCUCUUUAUUACGUCAAUAAGCCAGAAAAAUUCACGUACUUUCCUAAGGAAGAAAUCUACCCUGUUCUUUACGCCAUAUUUAUCACCUCCGUGUUAUGCUACUUGUUAAUUUCGUGGUGUAACAUGCAUUUAUCUGCGUCACUUGUCACAGCGACCUGGCCUCUUCAGGUCUUGUCCUGCGCCAUCCUGUCAUAUUUCGUUUUAGGGGAGGUCCUGAAGACAUUGGAAUGUUUGGGGGGUGUGCUAAUCGCCGUGGGCCUAAUGGCAGUGGUGUGGUCAAAUUACGUGGAGGAAAAACGAAAACUGAAUGAAGAAGGAAUAAGAGGAAGAAUAGAACUCGAUGAAUAACUCUUAUGGCUAUGUACUCUAUGUUAAAGUUUCAAAGUAACAUAUCGAGAAGGUCGUGAUGAGGGAAAUAAGUGAACUAGAAAUAGGUAAAUCAGAACGACUUACUGGAUAUUAAUAUUAGAAUAGAAAACUUGGUUCAAGUAGAUUGUCUUAUCUCUUUCUGUAGCUAUAAUUGGUUGGCGGAGGGAGAACAGAGGGUGUGAAUCGGGAACUAGCUUAUUUGAGAAAUGAACUCCCCGGGUAGUGCAGAAAAAGAAUGCGGAAAAUUGCUCACAAAUCUCGUAAUUGCACUGCCUAGUUCAUAGGCCAAGAUAUUAUUUCCUUGGUCAAUCCGUUUCGAGUCACGUAAUCCUAGCAAAUAGCAAGGCCUUUACAUUAAUGAAAUUUGAGGUGCGGUGGCCUCAUGGUUAGUGUGCCCGCCUCCGGAUCGAGCGGUCCGGGUUCGAGC